AUGAAUACGAAAACAUGUUCCUACACCACAUUACCAACAGUCAUCACGAUUUCUUUGUUCUUUAUUUUCUGUAAAGCGAUCGAAUUUCAAGAAACGCAACCCGGUUUACAAAUUUAUAACCUAAAGACUUACGGAGAUGGGACCGUUUUGGUCAACAUGAUAAAUCCAAUUAAUGGAAACUGUACCCAACCAUCGCUUUAUUUUAGGUUAAUUCAUCCCAAUGGAACACUCGAAUCGAUUAAUUUAAAUGUCACAGCAAUCAUUCCCGACUUUAAUUUUUGUCGGGUUGACGUAAACGGAAUAUCUAGAUAUUAUAUGGACUUUCAUCCUUUGAUGUCGCAAUAUAUAUUUGUCACGUAUUUAGAUUCCGAGAUCUCUAGUUCAGCUAGUGUAUAUGGAAUUUUGAUAUCGUGGAAGGGAGAGAUCAUUAGUUCCAAUUACCUAAGUGCCGCCUCAGCUACGAACGAUAGCAAGGUUUUACCACCUGGUGAAAUACAUUUUUCCAGAACUACGGGGAGUAUCGGUCUUCUGUAUACUGCGGCUCAACCCGUUUCCGGAGAUAUUUGGUGGAGCCUUUACAGCAUGCCUACCACAACUAAUGAUCGACGCAUGACUCUCCAACGAAGUGGGGUCGCACAGAAUAACGGGGGAAAUAAGGUCAAAUACGUCGCAUUUCCGACAGCUUCGGGAGAAUACUGUUUGGUAGUGGCACGUUCUUUUAAUCUGAUCAAAUCGUCUAAUGACUCAGAAGUACUUUCGGUGGACUUGACGUUGGAAGAACACUUGAAAAUUUAUGCCAACUUCAUAUCUUCCUUGGAAAUUGGGAAUAUCGUACCAAUCUUGUUGUACUCGAGUCCUGUUCAAAAUUUGGAUUUUUUCGAAAUAAAUUGCGAUACCGAAUACAGCGGCCUUGGUAACAUGUGUCAAUUUUACUUUGUUCAAAAUGCCUUAAACAUAUACGAUUAUUCCUUGAAAAUUACGUUUCUCUCCACCGGGGCCGUGGAUACUCUGGUGACAAACAAACUGGACUUUAACGUUACAGGGCAAUCGAUUUUCACUCGAAAUUUUACUGUCUUAGAUAUCUGGCGACCGUCCACAGACCUCAGACGAAGAUUAAAAAUUUCAAACUGUUUAAGGCCAUUGCCCCAACCAUUUCAAGUGAAUUCUACAGGUGAUUUAUAUGGCAUACAGCCAAAUAAUUCAAUUGUGUACGCACAACAACUUGACACGUCAAGUUGGUCCCUGGAAUCAGCAAGAAUACCAAAUAUUUCGAUGUCUGAUGGUACCUCCAUUUACUUUCUCCCUGAUUUCAUCGUCUCGACAUACCCGCCGAUCGGUGGUUUAAUUCCAUUAAGGCUCAAUUCAAUCAACAUCACAUACAAGCAGCCGGUCACCUUCUCUACAGGAAACAUCAAGGUGUUUCAAUUGAGUGGCGCGUACGGUGAAAGCCUUCUUCGUCAAGCUUAUUCGGCUUCUUCAGGAUACUGCAAUCAAACCACCGAUUUUUUGACAAUCACGUGCCAAGUAUUGGGUAGCACGUUUAACCAACCGGAUGCCACCUACUAUGUGGUGGUCGAGUCUGAUUUUGUUCGUAUUAAUUCUACCUCAGAGCCGUUACUGGGAAUUCUUGAAAUGGUUUGGAGGUUUACCACAGAUAUAAGCCCAACGGAAGGACUUGAUGUCACCACAAGAAGCGUCGUCCGUCUAAACACUUUGGGAAGUGAAAUAUUUGAAAAUUUGACGAACUCGGAGAAAACGUUGUUUAUCGAUCAAUUAAAUUAUGAACUUUCCGUAACGGUGCCGGUUAAUUCUAGCCGAUUGAGCAAUCGGUACAUUUACCAACGCGAUCCGAGAGUGUCAGACAUACAAGUGCUCUUACCUCUAACGAUAACUAACGCGGCCCCAAAUACUACCGAAGAGGGUUCGAAGCUCAUUGCGCAAGAUAUAGAUGCACUGAUAAAAAGUAUGAACAUAACCUUAAUUUCGAAAAAGAGUUAUGCUCACUUCCUGGAUUCGAGUUUUGGGGUUUCUCUCGCGCAUGAUCUAUGGCAGGAUUACCGUUAUGUGAUUAUAGCAUUCAUUGCAUCAAUACUCCUGUUGACCCUUCUUUUCCUGAUUAUCCAUUUUAGAAAUUCAUCGGCAGUAGUGGGACCCGUGCUCAAGUUUCUUCUUUCCUUGCUCAACCUUGUCAUGAACCUUCUCUUCACGUUAUAUUACGCACGUGCUGUGAAAUCACUCUAUCUUCCAAGUUUAAUUAUUCUAAUAGGAAUGAUGACUCUGAGAGAGGCAUUCGGAUUGUUCUUGAUCCGUCGUGAAAUCGAUAGAAAUAGUAAACUUCAUAAUUGGUGGAAGAAACAUCGGUUUAUAGUAUCGUUUUUCACAUCCUUGUCAUUCGUGGACAUCUAUUCAUUGGAGGUGCUCUCCUCGCAAAUAACGAGCUCUCAAAAACUUCAUGCACCAUUCUCACCGACCAUUCGUGGAUGGAUUUAUUGGGUCGAAUUCAUUGCCUUCUUCACAAACGAUGUGACCCUGUUUGUUAUUCAGAUAAUUUACUACAUCUAUACGCUACACCUCGACAUACUACCAUUCCUUUGUUUCAUAAGUUCAUCAGCCGUAAUUAUAUUCAACAUACUUUGGAGAACCAACCAUCUUACAUUAUAUUGCCGUAGGAAGAAAGACAAUCACGGCGAUCCGAGAGAAGUAGGAAGAAGAGAUGAACAUGAUAGCAAAGGCAAAAAACCCUAUAUCAUUUUUGACAAUAGUAGCAUUAAUGAGACUAGCAGCAAUGAAAGUCUUGAUAAUCAAAGAGGCACCUCGAAGGGUCCCGUCGUCGAAAAAUCCGCCACAGUUAGUGAUCCGCUGUGA